AUGGAGGGAUCAGUGCAUCGUAAUGCUUGCGCUCCUCUCUUACCACCAGGCUUCAGGUUCUAUCCGACAGACCAAGAACUCAUCCUCCAUUACCUCAAAGAGAAGGUGUCUUCUUCCUCAAACCCUUUCCUCUCUGUAAUUGCUGAUGUGGACAUAUACAAGUACAAUCCAUGGGAGCUUCCUGGAAAGGCCGUGUUUGGGGAGGAAGAGUGGUUCUUCUUCAGCCCGAGAAACCGGAAGUACCCGAACGGCACUCGCCCAAAUAGGACCACGGCAGUAGGCUAUUGGAAAGCCACGGGGGGCGAUAAGCCGAUACUCGAUUCCAGCGAAUCACAGUGUCUCGGGGUUAAGAAGGCCCUGACCUUUUACAGAGGAAGGCCUCCGAAAGGAGUGAAAACCAGUUGGGUGAUGCAUGAGUACAGGCUUCUUGAACACAACCGUCACUAUUCUCACCGGCUUGGAGGAACCCUGCUUUUGGAUGAUUGGGUCUUGUGCCGUGUCCGUCGAAAGAGUAGCUGUAAAGGUGCCCCUGGAGACGAGUACAACGAGAGCAACGGAAGCAGUUCCGAUCAAAUGACAUUUAAUGGGAUCUUACAUGGACAAGAGUGCAUACAGAACUCGCCUAUAUUGGACUCUAAUGAGGGUCAAAUUGGUGUUUUGGCGACUCAAGAGAGCGAAGGAGGACAAAGAAUAACAAGUGUUGAUGACUUCCAAGACGCAUCACCAGAAUUCACUACUAGUGAAGCCUCCUCUUGCAACUUUGGAGCACCUAGGGUUGUUCCUUCCUUCGAAGAAGCCCUCGAGUCCAUUAAGAAGACGCUUUCGAUUGCAGAUUUCGAUGAGCUAGCACUGUCAAACGACCAGGAAGUGACCUUGACCUAG